CACAGACCUCCUAUCGUACAACAUGGAUAUCAAACUGGGCUACAAUGACUUCCCCUGAUGGCUAUCAACUUUUCAGCCUCGUUCGCGGCCUGCCUUGCCGCAGGCAUAAAGGUACCGAGGCAAUUCAUGUACUGCAUUGCACAAGAUACCGGUGCACCAUAUGUUUUGUACAAGGAUAGCGGAGGAGGUGCUGGUGGAGACUGGGGCGAAUUUCCUCAAAGCCCUGAGCCCAGCCUCCAGCCAAGCCCUUCACCACCAUAUCACAAUAGUACAACACCAGGUCAACAACAGCAGCAACCACCACAACAGCAGCCAGGGCAGCCUCAGCAGCAACCUCCACAGCAACAGCAGCAGCAACAGGGGCCUCCACUGCCUCAGCAGAACAGUUUCAACACAACCCCUAACCGAGCUCUGACACCUCAUCGCCCUCCCACUUCUCUGGUGCAUCCAGGACCUGUUGAGGAUGAUGUCCAGCAGCAAUCCCAAUCGCAACAGCAGGCUCAACAGCCACCACCACCUCAAUCACAACAACCUCCACCUCCACAACCACCUCAACAACAACAACAGUCUACACAGACACCACAACAACCAAACCCACCUCAGCCAACACCACAACAAGAAUUAGGUGUCGGUUGUGAUCUCAGCCAGAGCUACUAUGGCGGUGGAAGGGGGACACAGCACAUGUUAUCACAGGGGUUCAUGUCUUACCUAAAACAACCUGUUGUACUUACCUCCCUUAAUCCCAAUGAUCCAGUACCUGACUAUACAGGAUUCCAUAUGACAACGGGCAUGCCUGAUCUACUGUCAGGGAGCUUAAAAGCCUCACCUGUAUCAGGUGUAACAGGAGUCAAGUCUGAGCUCCGGCUCUUCAAGUGCCUCACUUGUGGAAAGGACUUCAAACAGAAGUCCACUCUUCUCCAGCAUGAAAGAAUUCACACAGAUUCACGGCCAUAUGGCUGUUCAGAAUGUGGCAAGCGAUUUAGACAACAGUCACAUCUAACGCAACACCUAAGGAUUCAUGCCAAUGAAAAACCAUUUGCAUGCAUCUACUGUGAAAGGACUUUUCGGCAGAGAGCUAUCUUAAAUCAACAUUUGAGAAUACACUCAGAUGUUAGUCCGCAUCUGGUGUACAAGAAUGGGCAACUAUGGCCACAAGAUGUUCCGUUUCCCCAGGACAAAGAACAAAAUCAGGGAUUUGAUCUGCAACCAGAUUCACAAUGUUUUUCCCCUGAUAGCCAGUUUCCUGCUUAUUUUAAAGACAGUAAAGGAGGUCUGUUGACAGGUGUUGCCCAUGGCGUUUUUGGCACUGGCAAUGGGAAGACCCUUCCAGAGAUGAUUCAGUCUGGAAGAAAUGCUGGUCUGCCACUUUAUGUACGGUGUCCAAUAUGUCAGAAGGAGUUUAAACAAAAAUCGACUCUUCUUCAGCAUGGCUGCAUUCAUAUUGAAUCUCGUCCAUAUCCUUGUGGUGAAUGUGGAAAGCGAUUUAGACAACAGUCUCAUCUUACUCAACAUCUAAGGAUACAUACAAAUGAAAAGCCAUAUGGAUGUCUUUACUGUGGAAGAAAUUUUCGUCAAAGGACGAUUCUUAAUCAGCAUGUCAGGAACAAACAUGAUGACAAAAGUAAAUGGCAAAAACUAUUGGCAUUUUGCAAUCAUAUUGACAAAUGGGGAUGUUCCUCUGAGAACGCAGUUCGCUUCACAGCUGAGAAGUCGGCCUCCCUGAAAGGAUUCACACUGGUGAAAAACCAUAUAAGUGUGCUCAGUGCGGGAAGGACUUUAGACAAAAAGCAAUUCUCGACCAGCAUACCCGAACACACCAAGGAGACCGACCGUACUGUUGUCCCCUUCCAAACUGCAGGCGUCGGUUCGCCGCCGAAUCAGAAGUGAAGCGCCACGUAGAGAACCAUGUCGGACCAAAGCGGAAGCCCCCUCCUCCUGGUGUCUCAAUGAACCCAACUCCACUUGUUAAACCUGAACUUUAUUUACCACAGUGUUAUCCUCACCCAGGUAACUUCCAGCAGCAGUAUACCAUGAGUCAGCUACUUGGUUCACCACCACAGCCAACAGCGCUUGUUCAGUAACCUGAAUCCUCAGUCUUCAGUUGACAAUAUACUAAUGACUUCCAGUCAAAAGAUAUGUUUUUAAUGAUUUAUACAGUUUGUUAAUUAAUGUGACUAUUUUAGCAAUGUCUUAAGUUUGUUUUGAGAACUACAGAGAACAACGAAUUGAUUAAUAGUAUUCUAUGAAAAAAAAAUUCUUUUCCCCCUUAAGGGAACUCAAAUAAAAUAUAUAUUUGCUCCACAAUUUUAAUUGUUUAUCCAUUUCAUAUUUAGACAAAAAAAAAAAAAAAAAGUAAAAAACGGAUUGUAAAUUGAUCAGCUAAAAUUAUAUCUUUACAAAUUAUGCAACUUUUGCUCUCUAACAGCUUUAUUUUAUUGUUUUAUGAAUUGUCAAAUUUUAAUCAAGCCUUCUUGACUGGAGUUCCUGUCUCCAUUUUUAUUCCUAAAUUUUGAAUUCAGAUUUAAGCAUUAUCAUGAGUAUCCGGGCAUAAAUGCAAUACCUUAGGAUUAGAAUAAAUAAAUGAAAAUCAGAUUUAUUUCUAUGGAAGAAAAACAAAUUAAAAUUAAAAAUUAAGUUGAAAUUUUCCGUUAUCCAACUUAUGAAAUUUUUUUUUGUAAAUUAUUUAACUUUGAAUAAAGUUCCGUCGGAUUAUGAACAACUAGUUCAUGAAUACUGUGUGAUAAUGAGUUGCAAUACGUAAUAAAUAUUUAGAAAUAAUUUUCAGGGAUGGGGGGGAUUCGCGCAAAACAGGGUUUAGUAGAAGCGCGAGGCCAUGGUAUGAAAGCAAUUGAUUGCUUCGAUAGAUGAUAUAUAAAAUUAUGUACAAUUAUUUUCCAAUUGAUAUUAAUUUUAGAAGAGUAUUUUAUAAGAUGCAUGAAGUACUUGCCAUUUUAUGACAAAAUUCCUUAUUUUGUAUGUGUUUACAUCACUUAAGUAAUAUGUACAUUAAUGUUGUCCUAAUGUUGAAUAGAUUGUAUCUGUAUACUUAUAAUUAAGAGUAUAUAUAUUUAUACAUGUAUUUAUACAUAUCUAAACCAGUUUACAUUCUGUAUAUGUAUAUGUAUUUGUAUAUAUAUUUGUUUUUAUAACAGUGUUUGAAAAUUUAGAAAAUGUAAAGAUGACAGACGUAAGGAGGUUUAUGGUGUUUAUUUGUAUCUGGUCUCUAAAAAUAUAAUAAUUUUGUGAAAGCAUAUCUCUCUAUAUAAAUAACUAUUAAUUUAUGAAUUAAUUGUAAAAAAAAUUAUAUACAAAUUUUCUACGACAAACAAACACUGUUUCAUUUAGAAUACUCAGGUAUGUUAAGUAGAUUUAUAUGUAUAAAUUUUGGGCUUCCUUGUAAUAUUGAACUAAGGAGGAUCGAAAUGGGAUGCAAUCCAUCCAACCAAGGACACAAGGUGAUGUUAGUUUAAGUAAUGUAUAAUUUUAGUUGUACCCAUCGACUCACAGUUUACACAUUGCAGUAUUGUAGAGUUAAAAUUUUAAAUAUUUUAAAAAUUGUUUUUAUAUUAUAGAGUCUAGAAUAUAUGCAACAAUAAAUAUUUUUAAGUUAAACUUGGUCUAAUACACACUUAAAAAAUAGAUAUAAAAAUGUACUUAAUUGAAAAUGGGAGUAUGACUUCCAAAAACUGUGUAAUUUAUUUUUCUAAAAGAAAAUGAUAAUGUUUUAACAAAGGUUUUAUAUAGUUUAUGAAAGAAAACCAAUCCAUCAUGGCAAGCACAGAAAAGGACUGAAGAUUGCUGUGAUAGAUUAAACAAAAAAAAAUAAAUUAAAAAUAAUAAAAAAAGUUAAAAGGUGCUGAUGAAAGAUUAGUUUUAAGAAUGUGUGUAGAUAUUUUUCAUAAUCGAAGGAAAUAUGUCAGUAGAUGGACGAUCUAUAUUACUUUUCUCGCUGCAAUUAAGGUGCAUUUUUAUGAUCGCCUGAUGACCGGGAGCUCAAGUGUGCCAUGUCGACUGUUUUAGAACGUUUAGAUAUUAUUACCAAUUAGACAUUUUUGUAGUUUUUAAACUGUGUCAAAAAAGAAGAUGGAUUGGUUCAAUUUGUUGACAUUGAAUGAUGAAUUUGAUCUAUUGAAAAUAUUAAAAUUUGUUUGUUUUUUUUUAUAUUUUUUGUUAUAUAAAAGGACUUGAAGAUUUUUUUUAUAUACCUGUAUAUAUAACUUUUAAGACGUAUUUUACAUUUUUUUAAAAAAUAUUUUGUACCCCAAUGUAUUUUUCCUAUUGAUGUUAAGUUACUAAAUGAAAUGAGAAAUGGUUAUCAAUUUUUAUAUUAAGUUAAACCAGUAUGACAAUCUGACCAGAAGCAAUGCAGUAUACGAUAUAGAAAUGUAUAAAAAAAAAGAGAAAAAGAAAAAAAAAUCAGUUUUCCGUAAUUGUAUAGUCUAGUUACCGAGUUUGUGUUCCUUAUGUCUGUCGUUUUAAUACCAGAACACACAACAUUGUUAAAAAAGAAAUUAUUUGUUAAUUUUAUUUAUAUAAGUUAUGUUUGAUAGAUAACUACAGUCAGUAGGAAUGCAUUAACUUUAUUUUAAUAACUAUGGCUUGACUAUUUGUGCUAAACCAGGACUUAUAACUCCUUUUUAAUGCAUACACACUUGUUUAAUGCAUAAUUAUGCAAUAUGGAAUAUUCAUUUCAUUUGCAUUUUGUUGAAUGAGGAAUUUAUAUUACCAUUUUAAUUAUUAUUAUGACCCUACAUAUAGCACAACAGAUACCAGUUUUAUUUAAAUUUGAGCUCACAAGGAAAGGAUACUAUUUAAUAUACAACAUUUUAUGAAACUAAUGCCAUGAAGAAAUAAUCUCUUGGAACUAUAUUAUUGCCAAUCGGUGAAAUUUUUUGAAGUUACCACUGACAUCGAAUAAUGAAGAUGUUUUAGUUCAUCAGUAUGUUAAUAUUAAAAACUCCUAUAUAUAGUUGUUUAAAUAAGUUAUAUAUCCUGUUUUUGUUUUUUUAUACUAUUCACUACUGACUGUAGCUAUUUUAUUGAAAAAUCAAUUCAAUAGAAAAAAUUUGUUGGUUUAUUUAUUUAUUUUAUUUUAUUUUUUGGCUUUGACUGUAUAAUCAGUUCACUAAGAUUUUGCUCAAGAGGAAAAUUCUUAUAAUUUCAAAAUAUUUUUGUUGGUUAUCUCUUCUACUUUUAAACAUUAUUCUACAAUUUAAUGUUAUAAUAACUUAGAUGACUAGUAACUUGCUUAAUAAUGCCAUCCAGGACAGUUGAUAUAAAAAAAAAAUUAAAGAAAGAAAAAGGAAAAAAAGCUUAUAAAUAUAAUGUGCUUUCUUUUCCAGUGCCUCUUUUGCCACUGGAGCCGUUGGAUUUUCAGAUUUUGUGUUAAAAGUAAGAUUUGUGAAGUGGUCCAACCAAACUGGAAUAUUAAAGUGCAUUUUAAUGCGUUUUUUUUUUUUAAUUAUUGUUUUGCUAUAUUAUUUUUUUAUUUUCCUUUUUAUUUUCACUUAUUAAUAAUUUUACUUUUGUACUAUUAUAAUUUUACUAUUUGAAUUAUUACAACUUAAAUAAAUAUUUAACAUGAAAUUUCAUAGUUAAAAACAUUAGAUUUUUGAUAAUUAAAGAUUUGAUAACAAUUUAUUGCUAAACUUGUUUAUUAUGAUAAAUCUAUCUUAGUCCAACAAUAAAAUUGACAAGAAUAUUGAUUUCCUUGGUUGCCAUCUAUGGGAAAUAUUUGUAAAUCACAAGAAGAAAAUUUUUAUGGUUACCGAAGAUCAAAUUUUCAAGAACAUAUAGUGCUACUGUCAGUGCAAAAUGUCAUAAGUAACAAUAUUACAUGUUUAUUAUCUUUGUUCUGAAGAUUUACAUUUUGUAGUCU